AUGGGAGCCUUUACAGACCAGAUGAGGAAUCGCAUGCUUCUACCUGGAACCUUUGUUGCUCUCCCCUUAUCCAAAUAUCCCCGCCAGCCAGGCCAGUUCCUCCGGUACCUCUGGGCGGCCACCCGCAGCGCCUGGGAAGCCCGCCUCAUCUCCUGGGGCUACCGCCUCCAGUCCAUGCCCAAGGGCUCCAUCCGCCCCGCCUUCAAGCCCCAAACCCGCCAGAUCGUCCCCACCGCCCGUGCCCUCCAUCGCCGCCUCAACGAAGCCCUCGCAGCCGGCGACCUUCCCGCCCUCCGCGAGGUCUGCCACGACCCCCUCUACGAUAUGCUCUCCCGCGCCGUCGAGAGCCGCGCCGCCAAGUCCUCCCGCCGCGAGAGGAUGGUCUGGGAGAUUGUCGAGUCCCACAGCUCCUGGAGACUGCCCCGCCUCGCGUUCCACCGCGCCACCCUCAUCCCCGAGUCCAGGUACGGCCAGCAGGCCGCUGUCGUCACCUUUGACACCACCCAACGCCUCGCCCGCGUCGACGCCGCCACCGGCGAACCCAUCAAGGGCGGCACCAAGGUCCAGCGCAAACGCGAGAACCUCGUCGUCAUGAGGGCCGUGGACGGCAAGACCUACAAGGGCGAGGAGUGGAGGAUAUGGGGCUUCGAGCCCGAGACCACGCUGCAGGCUUGGGAGUCCAUGGAACACGGAAAGAAACUUUUGCAGACCUCCAGCCUGGCCAAGCGCGCCAAGGAAUUUGGCGUCGACUUGAAGUAA